UGUUCGUCUGUGCUCUAUGCGCUAAAGAAUAUAAAAGCAAGUCUAGCUUAAUUAAGCACGAGAAGAGGCAUGCGGGCGUUGGCAAGCAUAAAUGUCUUCAAUGUGGUAUGCUUGCCUUCUCCAGAAAAGACUUCGAGACGCACAUAGCCAGGCACAGCAAUGACAGACUAUAUGUAUGCACCAAAUGUGGCAAGACAUUUAAAACGCAAAAAGACAUGCAAGAUCACUCAAGGCUAGAGGAUUCUGAUGGGAAAUAUGAGUGUGACACCUGCGGGUCAAAGUACAAGAAGAAAUCGGACCUAACGGAGCAUGUGAGAAAACAUAGUGGAGAGAAACCUGAAAGAUGCAUCGAAUGUGGGAAGUGUUUCUGGUUCAAGAACAAUCUCCGUAGACAUUUAAAGACACUUGCAAAAGGACCGCAGGCUGGUACAAGUGGCAUGUAAAUGUUAAUGCUGUAACAAUGUGUGCCAUUUUUAGCUCAUCUGAUUUUUUGAAGAAAAAAAAUAUGAGUUAUUGUCAUCGCCUGAUCGGCGUCUGCGCCGGCGUCGGCGUUGCCAGGUUAAGUUUUAUGUUUAGGUCAGCUUUUCUCCUAAACUAUCAAAGCUUACAACACUUGUUCACCAUCAUAAGCUGACCCUGUACAGCAAGAUACAUAACUCCAUCCUGCUUUGUGCAAGAUUGAUGGCCCCUUUUGUACUUAGAAAACAUCAGUUUUCUUGGUUAAGUUUUACGUUUAGGUCAACUUUUCUGACCUAAACAUAAAACUUAACCAGUGUUUA